AUGGCCUUCGACCUGGAAGAGAGGCUGCGGCAGAGCAAUGCCCGCUUCGUGGCCGCCAUGAUCCGCAUCGCGGAGCGGUAUAAUCAUCCUUUUGAAGAUGAUAUACUUGUUUCCAUGGAAACUCUCACUUAUGAUACACCUGAUGGACCAAAACAAUGGGGGAAAGUGUCAAUCAAAAGCCUUAAAAAAUGGAGGAAGAAAAUACCUAAGUGUUCUGUCAAAAGUCGAGAGGAUGCAGAAAUACCAAAACAACAGAGCAGUGGUUUUGAAGAUGAGAGCUCAAAAGUACAUAAGGUAUCUUAUGAGAACACUCCUGUGGAUACAUCUGAUAUAGGCGAAGAAAGCGAUGCAGAUGUAGUUUUGGUCAGAAGAAAAUUCGAAGCCAUUCGCUUCCAGAAUCUCAAUGUUGAUGAUGUGGAAAUGCAAGAGAAAGUAACAGUUCAGGUGGAUGUGAUAGUACAAGAAGAUGCUAGAAGAAUUCCAAAGUGGAUUGCGAUGGCACCUCAAGAAUCACCAAAAGGCCUUCACUUAGCUUUACCAGGACAAGAGCUGAUUGGCAACCAAGCCAUUGUUUGCAAAAAGAAAUUGGGGUUUGGAAAUGAAUAUUCUCCAUCCAGGUCUCUCCAGUUACCUUUGCCUGGUGUUUCCACUUCAGCAAAUACAGUCGCAGUAUCCAUGCACCAACGUCUUCCGGAAGUGAAUGGAACUUGCUGCGAYAGUGUCUUGGAAUUCUACCAGUCUGCCGAUGAGGAAUGCUCCUGGAGCACUGUAACACUUGGAGACUUGUAUCCAGGGAUGGUAGAGUCGCUAAUGAGGCUCAUGAGAAAACAUUUUCAGAGCAAAGUGUUUGCGUACAUGGCUCGCCACUACAGGCGCCGAAGAUGGCGUUCUAGGAGAGCAAAGCUCAAUGUCACUGUAGAGAAAAGGAAAGAGUUCAGACCACUUAGGUUGAAGCCAGCCCAGACUGACCCCUGCAGCCCCAGUGGUAGCAGUGAAGGUGUUCGGAACCUGCCUUUUAGAAAUAAUGCAAAUGCUUGUGAUAACAAGGGCUCCUUUGAUAAUUUAAAURCCCUGGCGUGUUAUUCUCACAGUGCUGCAACUGAAAUGGAAGUGGACUGCUCUGAUUCAAAUUUAGAAUGUGAUCCAGCAGCUGCUAAAGGCCAGAAUGUCUCUGAACAGACUGUUCUUCCUAGUGGUAUGGCUAGAAUAGGAGAAACAUUUCUAGUUGAAGAUCCUUUACAGACUCCUCCCUCAUUGAAGAAUUCAAAAUGCAAUCAAAGUGAAAAUUGGACUUAUAAAUGUUCUUCAGGUUACCCUUCUGUAACACCUACCAUCAAUUCAGGGUCAGCAACACUUCAUCUGGUAAAAGAGAACAAAACUCACAAAACUGACUUUCCUUCUGGUGAUACUUCAGCUUUGUGCUCAUCAAUUUGCAGUUUCAGUACCAAUGGUAAUGCUUUUGUACCAGUUAGAAACAGUUCUCUUAGAAAAGGAUCGAAUACAUUUCUCAGAAAUCCUGAAAUGAAAACUUCUGAGAGGGGGCCUUCUCUGCAGCGCAGCCACUCAUUUUCCUUUUUACCUGUGAAUCAGAGCCCUUCAAAGCCUCAGAAAUACAAAGAUGCYUUUGAAGAACUCUACCACAAACUAUGUUCCAAAGAAAUUCAAAAGCCCUUGGUGCCUUCAAGCUCACAGAAACUUGAGGAGAAAGUGAGAUUAAUGAAGAAUAACUUAAGUGAUCCUGUGAGGUCCAGUGUGCAGUAUGACAGAGCAUUUGAGAAGGUUUAUCAGAAAUUGUCUGCUGAUAGUGUUCCAAAACUGCCCGGGCUUCAGCGAGCUUCCAACUUGAUGAAGUAUCAAGUGAUACAGAUGUCUGAAACUGUAAAUGCUCUCGUUAACUCACCUGUUCGAGCUUUAUCUGCAAUUCCCAGAGUUAAAAGACUAGCAAAUAUUCAGAAUGAUUCCCUCUCUUCGCCUGUAAAGCGCCUGAAAAAUAUACCUGAACGUUAUUGUCCUCCAGCAGUGCAUCAUCAGACUUCUCACAGGAGAAAUACUCAUCUCCCUAAAGGUGAUAUCUCUCUGUCAAGCACAUGCAGUGGCAAUAGCCCCAGCUUCCGUGACACCCACAACUGCCAAAGUCAGGACUCUGGAUUUCGCCCUUCUCUGAAUAACACCUUUCUUGUUAGUCCUCAUGCUUCUCUGCAAGCAGAGUCUGGAGUUGCAGACGCCCACCCUGACAGGCCUGACACACAGCAGACUUGCAUCCUCCAGAGGAGUGCACAGAGGUGUCRCCAAAGGGUGUCAAGAAAACUAAGCUACGCUGAUGAGAAAGACCGAAAUCCUGGCAUUUCUUUGGAGGACCGAAUCAAAACUCACCAAGGAGCAUACAUGGACUGCUACAGAGAAAAUGUUGUUUUAUAACUUUUAAAAAUCAUUUAUUAAUUUUAAUUUAGAUAUUUUAAUUAAGAGAUUGCAAUUCUUAACAAGCAGGUGUACUAAUGUACAAUUAGUCCUGAUUUAUACUUCCCUAUAAUAUAAAACAAGCUCUAGGAGCUCCCUCCUGAAAGGGAAAACCAGAUUCUUACCCAUCUGGUUUCAUCAGGUAUUUACAAGGAAUCAGGCUUCUUUUUUAUGGCAAGUUUGAUUUCUGUAUUUAAUAGUGUUUAUUGUAAAAGAUUGUGAUUUGUGCUAUUUUUUAAUAUUCUGAUAAGCUUUGAUAUUUACUGUAGCAUUAAUGGGCUAUUAACAAGCCUGAAUUCCUACCUGUGCUUAUAUUACACAUGUGACAUUACUAAAUGCGUCGGGGUAGGGGGAAAAAUCUGGAAGGGCUUGGAUGAUUUAAAUGCAGUAUUUCAUACUAUGUCUUGUAACAUGCCU